AUGUUUUCGAAAAUCAAGCGAGUUGCUACUGCAGCAGCAAGAAGGGUGGCUGCACGCAUGCGUUCGGCCGCGGAAAGUGCCUCUCGCACCUCAGCAGCAGGCAAUUCGUCGCCUGUUGUUGUAAAUUCUCCACGUCGUGAGUCACCACGUGCGGCAGGUACAUCCGUUGCGUCUGCAGCGGGUACCUCGGGUCGUAAUCGAGACGAGUCUGAGAUAGAGCUCAUCUAUUCUGGCGAGUCGGAUGAUGCAUCCUACUUGAAGGAGACUCCUCACGUCUCCGGACUCACCCGGGGCGGACACUGCAAAAGUUAG